AUGAAUUAAGAAAUUUAAGUUGAAUAAAGACUUUCACUUUAUGAUAUUGUCAGAGAAAAAAGAGAAGAAAAAUAAGUUCCAAUCAGUAGAAUGGUUUAUGCCACUUACUUUAGUGAAAGUGCUAUAUAAAAAAUUGAUGUUGAAUAAGUUUUAACUAAAUAAGUUAUAUUAUCACUAAAUAUAUAGAUUAAAGAAUUGAGUGACACUCAAGGUUAAAUUUCAGGUUUUCUCUUAAUUCGAGGUCUUUUUAGUUUACAUUUAGUUGAAACUUAAUCAAAUGUAAUGAAUCUUUGGAUGCGUAAUUUAUAUGCAGAGUAUAGAAAGGAAAAGAACAUUUAUAGCAUGAUUAAUAUAGUUACUGUUAAUGAAGACAAUCCUACAAGAUGUUUUGAUAGAUGGUAUUGUGAAAACUUAUUUUAAACUGGUCCAUAAUUAUCAGAUAUGGAUAAAACAGAAGCUUAAUGUUAAGAGAGAGUUUGGGAAUUGUAUUAAUAAGUAUGUAAUGCAGGAAUCAAACACAGUGCAAGAACUUAAAAAGAUAAAUAACAAAAUAAAAUAGCUAAUGAUGUCCCAAUUACUUUAGAUGAUAUCAACAUGUUACUACAUAAAAGAUUCAUGUCAAUUGAAGAAUAUAAUGAAUUAUAUUUAGGGGACAUUAAAAUUGAAUUAGAAUAAGAAAAAGUCUAUCCAUAAACAUUACCUUUAACAAGAGCAUUAGAAUAUAAAGAUUUAGGAGAAUGA